AAUACCAUAGAUAAACGAAAACGCGUCGCUCUUAAAUCGAAACAUUAUGAUGCUUUCAUUUUUCAACGGAGCAAAUCAUAUAUUGGUUUUGUUUUUAUUGCCUAUUGCAUUUGACAUAGGAGGAAGAACAGCUGGUUUGGCUGUGUCAUUCGCAUUAUUUUCAUACCACACUCUUUUAGGUUUAAUGAAAAUGUUGUAUUCGGAAAAACGAGGGUUAGGCUGGAUCAUAUCACAACUCUUAACAAUAUCACAACCCUUCUUCUUUCCGUAUUUCUUUAUCCAUUCACUUCGAUUUAUUUAUACGGAUCAAACGCAAGCUUUAUUGAAUUUUUAUGAAAUGUUUUUGAUAUAUUCAUCGCCAAUAUUCACAAUUAUUGAGGGAGCUGCUACAGCAACAGCUAUUAUUAUAUGUAGAGAUAAAGUCAAACAACUUUUGGAACAAGACGAGAGAAUACAGAUAUAUAUUUCUAUAAUAUCAUUAGUUAAUUAUGUUAUAUCUAGUUAUAUUCUUUAUAGCUUAUAUACUACGCCAGGAAUGGAUAUAUAUAACGCGACAUUAAUUGGAUCUAUUAUGACAUUAGCCGUUGUAAUCACAGUAUCAUUAGCCGUAAAUAACACAGAAUAUGCAAAGCCACUUUUGCCGGAUUUAUCUCUUUUGUUUGCAUAUAAUAUUUAUUGUAUAUAUAUGUUAUCGUUAAAUUGGAAACCUAGUGUACCUCCACAAGAUCUUCAGUUAUUGAUUAAUAAAGAUAAUAUUUCCCCAAAUCUCUUUCAGAAUUUUGAUGCAAAAGCAAUCAUAGAUUAUAUCAGAGAUUUGAAGGUGAAUAUAAAUGCGCAAUUUAUUGCAAAUAAUUUGUUGAAUUUUGUGGAAAGAUUUCGAACGGUAACGGCAAUUCAAAAAGCUUUGUCUUUAAAUGUAUUUAUGGCACUCAUAUAUCGUACAGGUAUAGUUAUCAGUGCAUUUUACUACCUAAAUAUUAUUAUUGCAGAGAAUCAAAAUGAAGAAGACUUAAUGAGCCAAAAAAUCUUUAAUUUCAUUAUAUCGUUAACUACACCGAUCAUUAUUGCAGUAUAUACCCAUCUUUUACUUUAUCAUUAUGAAUAUUUGGAUUCAGGAAUGGGAAUGUGGAGAUGGAUUAGUAUUAUAGUAUGUUGGGUAUUGUAUAUGUGGUAUUUCAAUGUUGAAGAUGAAUUAUAUUAAAUUUUAGAAUAGAAAUAAUCAAUCAACCUGUCAUAAAUCAUGAGUAAAUCAACUUAAAAGAAAUCGUGGAACGUCAAUACACUUAACAGAAGAUAGUAUACAUAAUUCGCAUUUAUAAUAUAAAAUUAUACAAUUGGUCGGAAUUACUUCGUAAUUUCUCAGUCGAUAUAAAGAUGAAAAAGAUUCGCUAAUUUAUUUAAUUCUUAGUUACAAAUUUCAUUGGAUUAUUUUUAUUCUAACUAGCCUAACCAUAACUGUAUUAUUUCAUAAAAUUAUUAAAUCAUAUAUUUUAU